ACAGAGACAUAUUUUUGGGCCCCCAAAUUUUAUUUUUGCCCAAGCAAGAGCAACAAACCCUAGAACAUUAAAAGUGAGAAUCAAAGUCUGUUUUGCAGAAGAGCAUCGGAGAUCAAAACCAUCUAAUUCCAGCUUCUCUGGUCGUAAAUUCUCCUUCAAUUUUCCGAAAAGGCUUUUGAGAUUUGUUGAAGUGGAUUGCUUAAAAUGAGAUUCAAGAAAGGGGACAAAGUAGAGGUUAUGGACAGCAAGGAUGUCCCAGUUUCGUGGCGUGCUGCAGAGAUCCUGUCUUGUAUUGGCCAUACUUACCGCGUGCAGUACGAUUCUUAUCCUGGUAUGGCUAGUAAUCAAAUGGUGGAGAUGGUUCCACUGAAGUUUUUAAGACCACGCCCUCCUCUGGUGCAAGGUGUGGAGAGUUGCAUUGCUGGAGACAUUGUGGAGGUGUUUUAUGAGUAUUCCUGGAUGAUUGCUGCUAUCUUGAAGGUUCCUGGUGUCAAAAAAACAAAUAAAAGGAAUAAGAUCAAUCCGCAGGAUGCAGCAUUCCAAAAUCAAUAUUUAGUAAGGCUACUUGGGUGCUCACAGGAAUUAGUUAUUGACAGAUCAGACAUCAGGAUGAGACAAACCUGGCAUGAUGACAAAUGGAUACUAAUGGGAAAGAGUUCCCAAGCAGGCGAUGAUGUAAUAUCCAGCAAACCAUCAACAUCAAAUUGUUGUGCAGAGAUGAAUUUCCAGGUGCCACAACUUAAUGCAAGGGCUAAAAGUCGACCCAGAAAAUAUUUGAUGAACAUUCAGGAUAAUGCUGCAUUGUUGGGAUCUGCAGCGACCUCUUCCAGAUCCCUGAAGAGGAUGUCUCCCUAUGAUUCCUCCAUUGUUGAAACACAUAAUGGGCAUAUCCAGAAAUUAAGAAAAGUUGAGAGAGAAGGCUGGAAGCGGCGAGUGGUUGCUUCCCCGGUGCUUGAAAAGGUAGAUGCUGUUGCUUACCCAAGAGAAAUUUUGGGUGAAAAGAACAUGCAUGCUUCCUCUAACAUUAUACCAUAUGGAUAUAAUCACAUGCAGAGGGCAAAAGAAAAUGAUUUUCUUGGCUAUUCUGGGGUGAGAAGCUCUGAAUUAAAUCGUUCUGACAGUGAUGCUUGUUCUGUUGGUAGCUGUAGUGUUACUAACCAGAGUCCUAAAAACUGUUAUGGUGAUUCUAUGCCUGUGCACUGCCAAGAGAUGGACACCCUUUCUAGUGAUGCAGAGUCAUCUUAUGGAUCAGGCUCCCAGCAAAGAAGUUCGUUUCUUCCCCCAAAGGAGGAGUUAGAGGGCUACAGUUGGAGGCAUGCUUCAUUUGCUUCCAAUGAUUUACAGAUGAUGCCAGGGUUUGCCGCCUUUCUCUUGGCAUUGAACUUUGGACGAUUCAAUCGUCUACUUUCAAAGAGAUGCUACAGUUUUAUGGCUGCUCCCUGGUAUCGCAAUUUAAUCUACAGUAUUUCUUUUAAGUCCAGGCUUAACUGGAUGGAUAUAUUAACCCGUCUUCUACUGUAGGAACAAGUAUAGCUAAACAUAACCGAGCUGCUUGUACAAGGUUCCUUGUCUCCUUAGGAACAUUAGUUCAAAUUGCAUGUGAAGUUAACCAUCUCUUACAUUUUGUGUGCCAUUUUUGCUGAAACUGUGUUCGUUGAUUUUUUUGCACGGUUGUUGUAACCAUGUUAAACCAAAACUCUACACAUGACAGACACAGUUGUAUGGAUUUCUAUAUUGAACUACCAUUCAAACUUGUGUUUUGACACUUCAUGUAUCUAGACAUUUAUGAGUUUGGAGCAGGUAGGGAAUUGUUUCCAGUACUCUUCUGUUUCUUUCAUUUACAUCAUGUACUUUAUGUUUCCAUCUGUUUUUGUAACUCUGUUAAUGAGCAACAAGAAAACUCCAGAUCUGUGACGAUGUAAAGACAGCGUAUGAAAUAUGCAACCUAUCAUUUUCUGGAAAAUCACAUGAUUCUGUUAUCCUUUUCCCAUCAUUGUAUAUCCUUAGCGUUGUUACAGAAGCAAUAAUUUUGGCUAAUUACUGAAAGAUACUGGAUGCUUACAACAAUGGCCAUGUUUGCAGUGUUCACGUAGUCGUUACAACCCAUGCAUAUGUUACUGAUUGACAAUUCAUAAUGGAAUCAGAUAAUUUAAGUAGCUCCCCUGGAAACAUUCCUGAGGAGAACUAAUGAGUCAAGAUCCAAGGGAAAAGAUCAGGCAUGUCAUUGUGACAAUAAAAAUGAUCUGAAGUGAGUUUGGCUGUCCAGUAGAUAUGCGUCAAGAAUACAUGAAUGCCUCCAGUCCUUAUAAAACAAGCUGAUCAAUGUUGUUGGAUGGA